AUGCCAGCUCUCGUGAUUGCCACCAAGAUCCCUGAAUGGUCAGCCUUGCUUAAGGUAACUUGGCAAAAUUCCUCUGCCUCCUUGGAAGAAGAACUGUUUGAAUCACUGCUGGAUGCAAAUGCUCUGUACCAGACUCACAGAAAUGGAAAUGGCCCCCUACUAGUGAAUAUCACUGUGGUGAUGUCCAAUGUGCUAAAUGUGGACAUCUUGAAAUAUACAAUCACAUCUGUUCUGGUCUUGAAUCAGUCAUUUUUUGUGUCCAGUCCCUGGCACAGCACUCACAGCCCUGAGCUUGAGAGGUUACGCAAGUGUGCUUUGAACAAAAGGUUUGAUAUCAUAUGGAGGGAGGAAUCACCUAAUGUGGUACUUCACAGUGAUGGGAAAAUCGAAUUUCAACUUGCACUUCGCAUUGACAGCAACUGCAACUUUGACCUCUUCUAUUAUCCGCUAGACAGCAGCCAGUGCUUUUUGAGCUUCUUCUCACUGGCCAACAAAGCCAGUGAGAUGGAAUUCAAAGUCUCCAUUGAAAAUGAAAUUCUGAAUUUAAAGCGUGAAUAUCUCAUCACAAGUGUGAACAUCACAAGCCAAAGGAAUAUGCCACAUCCUUAUUUUGUGGUCAUGAUAAAUCUAAAAAACACAGGAAUACGAGCCAUCCUUUCCUUGGUAGUGCCAAGCAUUGCAGUUGUGGUAGCGGAUCUCUGUGGCUUCUUUAUCCCUCUCCAAGACAGAUUGUCAUACAUGGUCACUUUGCUUCUGGCAUAUCUAGUCUUCUACUCAUCUUUCAUUGGCUCCCUACCAGGAUCAUCUUCCUGCGAUCCUCUGCUCAGUUAUUACUACACUGGCCUUCUGAUAUUACUAUUCCUUAGCACAACUGAAACUAUCUUGGUGCUGAAGCUGGUAACCGAUAAUGUAAAUCUUUGCUUGGAUUAUGGAUUUAAAGCAAAAAAGAAGAUUGUGGAACAGAUGAAGAGUCAUCACAUCUCAGACAUAGUUCUGGCACUUUGGACAGGCUCUUCUGCUUCAUCUUCUCAGGUCUGGUGA